AUGACCAUGAGCGCCCCGACUCCCGCCAUCCACUCGCUCAGCGCGCCGCCGCGGCCGCAGGCGCCGGCAACGCCUCCUCUCCGGCGCGCUACCUCCGCGGUAUCCACCCUCCGGGAGUCCCCACAGCCGCCUCUAGCGCCCCUGAGCAUCUCCUCUCGGCGCGCCGCCCUCCUCGCCCUCGUCCUGGCCGCCUCGCCGGCAAGGCCCGCCGCCGCCGCCUUCUCCUUCAGCUUCCCUGGGCCGAAGGAGUUGCUGCGGGAGCAGAAGAGGAAGUCGGCGCGCUUCCUCCUCGCGCCCAUCGCCGCCUCCCGCGAGACCCUCGUCAAGGCCCAGAACCUUCUCGCUUCGGAGAAUGCGUCUGCGGCGGACGCGGAGGAGGUGAGGGGGCGGCUGAGCGCGGCGGGGAGGGACUGCGUGCCGCGGGAGAGGAACUCGGUAGUCGCCUUUCAGUCACGAACCGGCGUCGAGGUCUGCACAUUCAGCUUGAUUCUGAAGAAUGCCGCGUCGCUGCUCGACGAUAAGGAUCCUCUCAAGGUUGAAGCUGAUACCAGCCUUGCAGAGCUAAUACAAUCAUUCUCUGACCUGGGAACUGUGGUGGAGAACAUUAACUUUGAGCUCAGUGAUGAUAGAAAGAAGAUGAAGGAUGACCUGCUGAGCACUAUCUCCGCCCUUGAUAAAUACGAACAGGGUGUUAAGGAUUGUUUAGGUGUAUAG